UCUUGUUAACUAGUUUAACGCGUUAACUUACUUCGUUUUUUUUUUUUAUCGCUGUGUAUUUAUAUUAAGUGUGAGAUUUUGUACAUCUUCGUGUCCUCUCGGUUUGCCUGUUGAUCAGUCAGUAAGAUAAAGGGGGAAGAUGCGAUGAUCCUGUGUUCGAGUUAAACCCGUAAGAAGAAAGAAUGCAAUAUUUCUUCUGUGGACUUCAGUGCUGUACAAGAUGAAGAAAAUAUUCCAUUUCACCAAAAGGAGAAAAAGUUCUCCAAGUGGGUCUGAAACAGCCAGCGUUCUUUCUCUCGGCUAUGACCUGAAAGAGAAAGACUUGGGCAAGUUACACAAAGCUGCAUUCACAGGAGAUGUAUCUAAACUCAGACAGCUCGCCAAAAAGAACGAUUUAAACCAGCUUGAUAAAGAGAACAGAACUGUACUACAUAUAGCUUGUGUUUACGGACACGCAGAAGUAGUUCAGUAUUUGGUGGAAAACAAAGUUAAACUCAAUCUAUGUGACAAUCAAAACCGUUCUGCCUUAAUGAAGGCAGUGCAAUGCCAGCAGGAUCGCUGUGUGUCCAUCCUCCUGGAGCAUGAGGCAGAUCCCAACUUGGUGGAUAUCAAUGGGAACACGUCCUUGCAUUUGGCUGCCCGCAUCCCCUCAGUGCCUGUGGCGAUAAAGCUGCUUGAACAUGAGGCGAACAUUAAUGCCCAGAACAAGGAAGGUAAUACUCCCCUGAUGCUGUCAGUGGAAGAAAAUCAUGAAGAGAUGGCUGAAUUUUUACUUAAGGAGGGGGCAGAUGUCAAUCUGCAGAACCAGGAACAACGAACCCCUUUACUGAUCGCUGCUUGCAACGGACAAAUCAAUAUGGUGCGACUGCUCUUGCGGUACAAUGCAGAUAUCACUGUGAAGGAUAAUAAAGGAUGGUCAUCUGAGGACUAUGCUGGGAUAAACGGGCAUCAUGGUUGUUCCCAGCUGAUCACUGACCAUGGAACAAAGAGGAAGGCCUUGCAGUCACCCUCCCAUCUUGCUUUCAAUAAAAACAAGCUGACUUCACUAUUGGGCAGUCCCGAGGCUGGCUUUGCUCUUGGAGGUCCAGCUCUAGGGAAAGAUGGAGGAUGUGCAAAAGAAGAAGGGAAAGAUACAGAGGACAGUUCACAUGCAGACUCUAUCAGUAGAGCAUCAAAAAGUGGUCCUGCUGAUUCCUGGGCCUCAACAGAUGGUGACGAUGAUGAUGAUGAUGAAGAACUUGAUCUGGGCCCAAAGAAACCUCAAAAGAUAAACUUGAAGAAACUCAUGAGUGCCUCCAAACGUGAAGGGAAAACAUUCAAUGUGGAUCAAGAUCCAGAUAAAUCCUGGAGUGGAACUGAAUCCGAGUUUAUCAGCGAGGGCAAUGCAGUAGAGCACAUGGCUUUUCCCAGUAGCAGUACCUUCACCCAGCACCCUGUGACCCCUAAACCUACCUCCUUUUUCAAUCUUACCCAGAUGACCUCCAUCCCCCUCAUCAGCUCCCAAAAGGAAAGAGAGGAAAAGUCACCAUCAGAAGAUGAAUAUGAGGAAGAAGACAUGGAUGAAGAAUGCGAUGAAGUACAAAAUGAAAGAGCAGAGGUUAAGCUUCCAACAAAGACAGAAAUGUCCAAGAAGAGGGAUUUCUUGUCAGAGUUAGGAAUUGAAAAGGAAGAUGCAGAAGAGGAUUCACCUUGGGACUCAGAGUCUGGGUCAGAGAGUCCAAGCAAAAAGGAUCAAAGUGAGCUGAAAUCCCCAACCAAGUCACCUAAACCCAUGUCCAGUAUUCACGAGGAGAGCAACGACGCUCUGCAUUAUAUUCCAUCUUUCUUAAGAGGAUCGAAGAACAGUAGUGUAUUCAGGAGCGUUUCCAAGCCUGGAGGUCAGAAGGCAGUGGCAGUCGUAAGGACUAGUCAGGAAGAGGAAGAUGACACUGAUCAAGAGAAAUCAGAAAAGCAGCCCAAACUGCUUCAUAGGGAACCAGUAGCAAUGCUGAAUAAGCUACUGGAGUCCAAAGAUGUUCGAAAUAAGACAGAUGUAAUGGAGGAGCUUGGUUUAGGAGAUGUUGAUGAUCUUGAAGAUGCCUCAGACUGGGACUCAGCAAGUACCGCCAGUAAAUGCAGUAAAAACCUGCCUGUGUACAAACCCGAGGAAGAGUCACGGAGCGAAACCCUAGCACCUCUACCAGGUGUCCAGGGGCAGGAACGUCGUCCAUCUUUUACAGAACCACAGGGAGCUGCCAACGCAACUCGUCCACUGCCAAGACCACGCUCAUUCAAAUCUCAUACCAGUGCGCAGCCCCAACCUCAAACACACGUUAAUAAGGAGUCCAAUAAGAAACCAAUAAGUGACGAAGACUCAGACCUGGACACAGACAACACCUCCAGUCCAACUAAGAUGACAACACCACUGCCAAAUAUUGUUGAGACUGAAAAAGUGUCACUGGUGAAGGAGGAUGGAGAGAGCGCUUAUAGCUCAGAGGCCAAUGAACACCCAGGAGAGGAGAGAAAGACUGUAGAGGCACUUGAGGUAGGUCUAAGUAGUCCAUGUCAGCUACACCCGUCUGAAUCCCAGACCCCUGUUGUAGAAAAGGAUGAAGAAAAUCCAUCAUUCAAUGAGAAUACCUGGGAGCAACGCUAUGAGAAAAUCUGGGUAGAAAUUGAGAAAAAGGAAACAAAAUCCCAAUACAGAAAUGUAACUGCUGAGCUUAAAGAAAGAUUUGGAGAGAUGGAGAAGGAGCAAAGAGAGAAUGCCCAGGACAAAGAGGCAAACAAAGAGAAAGAAGAAGCAAAUGAAGAUAUAAUAAAAGACUCAGACAUUCAGGGAGCAUCUGAGGAAGACUCCAGUGAAGAAGAGGAAGAGCUGAUGGUGCGACCCACUACAGUGGCUAAGAGAGUUCGACUGCUGACUAUUCCUGAGCAGAGGGAGUCUGGACAAGAGGAAUCGUACUCUGAGGGACCUCCCAACAAUGAUUUUGCCAAACACAAAAAUAUCCAGAAACAUUCCUCAGAAACUCUGAAUAAAACUGCUGAAGAAUCAGAAAGCAGCUCUUACCAAAGGUCUGGCUAUAAUACAGAGUCUUUCCCUAUUCUGAGUGAAAAUAAAGAGGCUUCCAAGUGUAAUCUCAAGACUCCAUUUACGACGAAUCAAGAAUCGUAUCAGGACGCGGGGAUUAGUCCGCUGCAGUUAUCUGGGAAUGCAAAUGUUCUUCCCUGUAGGUCAGAUGCAGCCUCUUGCAACUCCGAUGAAUUGGUUGAGGAGGGCCUACAGAGGUCCAUAACCGAGAGCGGUGUGGCGAAGGCUGGCGUCAUGAGAGGAGAACCUACAUCCAGUGCCUUUUGGAACACUCUCGGCUGCGGUAAACAAACAGACGCUGACCAAGGAAAAGGCAAGAAAGCAGACACCAACCGUGACAAGCCAAACCCUAAAAAGGAAGGGACAUGCGAUAGCGGAUCUCAUCAGAAGGACGAUACGUUAAAGAAAAGGGAUCACGUUUCUCCAAAAUGGCCAACAAGAAGCCCAAGGAGGAGGACAACACUACUUGAUGAUGAGGCCAAGGGAGCAAUGGGUAGCCAGGGGAACCUGCUACAUGUUCCUGCCCCAAAGCAGUCUAGAGAGUCCUGCCCUGUGAACCACCGUAACGGAGGCCCCCUGUCUGUGUUUGAUGAUAGUACAUUAAGUGAGGUGUCAGAAGAUGAAGGAAGGUCUCCAUCUUCAUCGCACAGGGCCGAGAAAAAGCUUGAUGGAGAGUUGGAAAUCGCAGAUGACUUCGAAGACCUCACACAGUCUUCCGACACCGCUACCGAAGAGCUGGAAUCUGCUCCUUCAGGCUACUUCAAUGCUGCUCUACUCAUCAAGCAGCUGGACGCCAGCUCUAUAGAUUCAGUGAGCAUGGUGAAGUUGCAAAACAUGUUCCAUGAGUAUGAGCGCACUAUCCAGAAGGAACGCAACAGAUAUAGAAGACUGGCUGAUAAGGUUUGUCAGCUGGAGCAGGAGCGGAAUGAGCUGAAACUCCUGCUGGAGGAUAGCAGAGAGAACAAGUCCAUCCUGGAGCACCUCCGACUAGACCUGGAGACAGACCUCAACAACCUCAAGUUUCUGCUGAAGCAGGAACAGGAAAAGCACCAGAGUGCUUCUAUGCUGUAUGAUAAGACCCGGGAACAGCUGUUUAGGAAAGAGGAGCAGCACCGGGUGGAGGCAGAGGAGAGGGAGAAAGUGGAGCUCAAGAUGAGGAACCUGGAACUAGAGAUUAGGACCCUAAUGAACACCAUGAAGCAGUUGGAGGAAGACAGAAAUGAAACCCAGCGUCUUUUGGCCCAUGAGAAAAGUUCUCGAGCCUUACAGGAGGAUCUGCUGAGAAGUCACCUGCGCAAACAGCAGGACAUUGAGGAGAACCUCAGGAACCAAUCCAAGAGCAAUGAGGCCGCCUCACAGCUGACUGAAGCCAGUGGGCAUGAGAGGGAGCUGCAGCAGCAGGUCUGCACUUUGCAGGAAGAGCUGAGCUCAGUGCGGGGUGAACUAGAGCACGUUCGGUCCCUCAGCCAGCAAGAGGAGAGCAGAUUGGUUGAUGAGAGAGAUGCACUACGGGAGAAACUAGAGGACGCUCGCCGCGACCUAAAGCUAAGUGAUGAGACUCUAGCCCAGACUGUCUUCCAGUACAAUGGGCAGAUGAGCACCAUGAAGUCAGAGUGCACACUGCUCAGCACCAAACUGGACCACGAGAGGCAGGUGCGCCAACAACUGGAGGCUGAGACAGAGACCAGCAAAACACGGCUCCAGGUAGCAUUGCAGGAGACUGAGAGGUGUCAGGCGGCCCGUGCAGAGACAGAGCGCACCCUGCAGCGUGAGCGUGAACAACAUCAGCGAUCUGAAGAGAAGUGGGCAUCAGAAUCCAGCUCGCAGCGUGACACAAUCCAGUCACUUUCUCAGAAGCUCAGUGAGGCCGAGACCCGUGCCAACAGCUUGGAGAAUGAGUGGCACAGAUCCACUAUGGGUGUGGCUGAGAAGAGCGCUCUGCUGGAGACGGCAGCUCGCGGACAGGAACAGACCCGUGCACGGCUUCAGGAGCUAGAGGGGAUGCUGCAGAGCGAGCGUGAUCGGGUGAGCCGUGCGACCGCUAGACACGAUGCCAUGCAGGAGAGGCUGGCACAGGCACAGAGCGAAGGUGCUUUGCUCAGGCAACAGUUGGAGGAGGCACAGAACAGGGGCACAGCCAAGGAGCAGGCUGUUACAAACGCGCAGGAGUGCUUCACUCAAGCUCUCAACCAGCUACGUGCCAACGGUGAGGAGAGAGUGCAGCUGGUUGAGGAGAGGAGCAAAGAGCUGGCAACCAAAAAUUCAGAGCUCAGAGAACAAAACUACAGACUAGAGCAGGAGAAAGCUGAUAGAGAGAGUACUGUGAGGCAGCUUCAGCAGGAACUGGCUGACUCUCUAAAGAAGCUGGCCAUGUGUGAGGCAUCUCUAGAGGUGAACGCUCGGUACCGCAGCGACCUGGAGGAAGAGAAAACACGCAGUCAGAAGGACAUAGACAGACUCAAGGGAAAGCUUCAGGAGAGUGAGGAGCACAACCUUCAGGUGGAAAGGCGCAUUAACAUCUUGACGGGCACUUUGGAGGAGAAGGAGCGCGACCUCGUCAGCACUGGUCAGAAACUCCAGGAGGUUCUUGCUGCUACAACCAGUUCAGAACAUAUCACUAAACAGCUAGAGGAGGCAGUGCAGAGGUUGGAGAUUGAGAAUGCCAGACUGGAGGCAACAGUAAAACAACAGAGUAACCGCAUUGAAACACUCCAGAAAGAAGUUCAUGAAGCUACUGCUCUGACAGAUUCUUCACCAGGAGGAGGGGUACGGAAUCAACUGGAGAAUUUAGUCACAAAUUUGCAAAGCAGUAAGAUGACACUAGAGGAUCAGCUCAGUCGAGAGGUGCAGAAGCAGAGUAUGCUUUCCCACAAUGCCCAUGACUCUCAGGCCCUGUGGGAAGAGGAACUGAAGAAUCGCUCACGGUUCGGUGUCCGACUGGCUGAACUGGAGAAAGAGAAAGGAGACCUCAGCAAUCAGGUGGAGCUGGAAAAGAAGAAAGCCAAAAAGGUAGCAGAGCAGAAAAAGGCGGUGGAUGAACGACUGGACCAAGAGAUGAAGAGAAACACUGAACUUCAGAAAGAAAUGUACAGAUUGCGUACUCUGGUGAAAACUGCUAAGAAGAAGCUGCGGGGGCAGGAUGGAGGAGAGCUGGGUUCUCCUCUGGGCAGUCUGAGAGGAGAGAUGUCCAACAGACAGAAUGAAACAGAGUUUUCCAUCAGCAGGAUGAAGAUAAAAGUGGAUGAGUUACAGGUGCAGUUGGAACGGGAGGCAUCACGCUGCUCUAAGCUGGAAAACACGAACCGGGAGCUGAAGGAGCAGCUCAGCUCUCUGAAGGGCCUGGGUCGCAGUCAUGAGCGUCUGGAGCGCAGUAAGCAACAACUGGAGGAGGAGGUGAUGGGACUACGCAGGAGGGUGGAGGCCGGGGUCAUGGACCAAAGCCAGGCUGAACAAUUCCGUAGGGAGACGGAGGAGAGAGCCAGACAGGAGAUCCGCCAUAAACUAGAUGAGAUCAACCUCUUCUUGCAGACACAGGCAGCGUCUCAGGAAGCUCUGGAGCAGAUGAAGGCUGCCAAUGAGGCGAGUCAGAGAUCUGAUCUGGAGCAGCGCAUUAGGGAGCUGGAGGCUGAACUGAGUCGCACACACACCACCCAGCAGGAUUGCCUUCUGCAGAGAGAUUCCAGCCGCACGGAGCUCGAGCGGUACAAACAACUGUACACUGACGAGCUGAGACUCCGGAAAAGCCUGGCUACUAAGCUAGAGAGAUCUAACGAGCGGCUAGCAGAGGCCAACGCAAAGCUACUGAGCGAGAGGCAGAACAGCAAGACUCUCCUCAGUAGCAGUGUAGUUAACGGAAGUCUCGGAGGACCGGCGCUGGACGCACAUUCCUCUCUGGGCCGACUGGGUUUGGGAGCAUCUCUGCUCAGCCCUCUGGGGGACCCACACACCAACCGUGUGGAGACCUACCUGGCAAAGAUGCAGUCUGAACUGGAGAAAAACAUAUCUAAGGAGCUGGACUAUGGCACAAGCGAACUAGAGGCUGCUUCUACCCGGAUGUCUCCCGUGGGUUCUGCUUGCGGAUCCCAGAAGAACCUGAACUCAAAUCUGAACGUGGAGCAUCAGGACCCACUGAGCAGAGCCACACAACAGUACCUGGAGGUUCUCAAAAAGAACUACAUGAUCUGAAACCUUUCACACUAGAAUAAGUCAGUGGGACCUUAGUACAAGAAAUAUGACUGAAAAAUUGUUUAUAUUAUUUUUUUUUAAGUAAAUCAGAAUUUAUUUGCCUUGUGUGUGUGGAGUUUGCAUGUUCUCCCCGUGCCUCGGGGGUUUCCUCUGGGUACUCCGGUUUCCUCCCCGGUCCAAAGACAUGCAUGGUCAGUCAGUCAGUGAGUCAGUCAGUGAGUUAGUCAGUGAGUCAGUGAGUUAGUCAGUGAGUCAGUGAGUCAGUCAGUCAGUGAGUCAGUCAGUGAGUCAGUCAGUGAGUGAGUGAGUGAGUGAGUGAGUGAGUGAGUGAGUGAGUGAGGUAAAAUUCCCUUUACAGCCUUCAGGUACAGUUUCUCCUGGUAGUUCUGGGCUUGAUCUGUCUGUUGUGAAUCUUCAUUGACGUAUCGGCAACAGCUCUGGUGUCACACACACACACACACACACACACACACACACACACUACAAUAACUGUCGAUUCUGUGCAAACAUAAUGGAUUAAAGCUUGCAAAAAAGCUUUGAGACACAGAGUACUGACUUCACACAGGUAGACAUGAUGUGUCCGAGACUAGAGAAGUACAAAUCUAAGCCAGACAGGGAAAAGAGGGAUACGGGGAAAGGACAGCUGUGGCUGCCACAAGCCUUCAGGAAAGAUUAUACAUAACGCUAUUACAAUAGCACAAAAAAGGCCAAAGCCUAAAACCCCAACACUAACACAAUAUUUUAUUUGUGUUACUAUUUUUAUGGACGAUGCGUCGACAAUGCACCUUGUACCUCAGAUACUCAGGAGCAAGAAUCAAACUUUUUAAAACAAUAAAGCGGAAGUGAAAGCUAUAAGAGUUUAUGUAAUAAAUGGGUACAUUAGAGUGCUGCUACAUUUUUAUGCCUGUUACACUUUCUAUUUGUACAUAGUUUUAAAAGCAUCGGAUAUUAUUGCCAAUUAUUCAUGGUAUGGUUUGUGCUCUAGUGCAAUACGUUGGGUCAAUUUUUGUUUUUAUUUCUGAGGACAAACCAUUUGAUUGGUUUAUUUUAUUAAUGUCUUAUAUUUUGAAACUAAACUAGAAUAUGACCAGUGACUGCUCUUUAUCGUAGCACUGCAUCGGGUGGUAUCGUACGGUACGGCGGUUCAACGUGGUGUGAUUUUUGUGUCCGUUUGAAGCAUUUCAGUAUUACCGUGUUU